AUGGUGAUGCUGAGGAGAAUGAUGACUAUGAUGAUGAUGAGUAUGAAGAGGAGGAUAACCAUCAGGAUGAAGUUAAUCAGGAUGAGGUGGAAAAGGAAUUUGCAGAGGAGGAUGAAGCCAGAGCAGGUGAAGCACCACUGCCCCCAGCCUGGCCCCCGGCCCUUCAUCUGUGGUGACUGUGGCCAGAAGUUCAAACGGAGCUCCGGUCUCACCCGGCAUUGCCGCACCCACAGCGGUGAGAGGCCAUACAGCUGUGCUGAGUGAGGCAAGAGCUUCACUCAGAAGUCUGCCCUCACCAGGCACUGCAGUGUGCACAGCACCGAGAAGCACUUCAGCUGCAGGGACUGCGGCAAGAAAUUCAAACAUAUCGCCACUCUCACCAGUCAUCGCCGCAUCCACACCGGUGAGAAGCCCUACAGCUCUGCCGACUGCGGCAAGAGCUUCAACCGGAAGGCACACCUCACAGAGCACCGUCGUGUGCACACUGGCGAGAAAACGUUCAUCUGUGCUGAGUGCGGCCAGGCCUUCAGACAGAAGUGCACCCUCAUUGCCCACCACUGCACCCACACCGGUGAGAAACCUUUCACCUGUACUAACUGUGGGAAGAGCUUCAACCGCAGGGGACAUCUCAUAGUUCACCGCCUCACCCACACCGGUGAGAAGCCAUUCACCUGUGCUGACUGUGGGAAGAGCUUCAGCCACAGUUCCAAUCUCAGUCGCCACUGCCGCAUCCACACCGGUGAGAAGCCUUUGAAGUGUGGUGACUGUGGCCAGAGCUUCAAACAGAGCUCUGAUCUCAUCUUGCAUUGCCGCACCCACAGCGGUGAGAGGCCAUACAGCUGUGCUGAGUGUGGCAAGAGCUUCGCUCACAAGUCUGCCCUCCCCAGGCACCGCAGUGUGCACAGCACCGAGAAGCCCUUCAGCUGCAGGGACUGCGGCAAGAGCUUCAAACCCCGCUCCUACCUCACCGUCCACCACACCAGAGAGCAUCUGUUCCCCUGUGCUGAGUGCGGCAAGAGCUUCAGCACCAGCACUCCAUUCAUCCAGCACCAACUCAUCCACAGUGGUGAGAAACCCUACAGCUGUGCCCACUGCAGCAAGAGAUUAACCCAGAAAAGAAGUCUCACAGAGCACCGUCGUGUGCACACUGGCAAAUCUUUCAGCUGUGCUGAGUGCGGCAAGGCCUUCAGCUGGAGGGGCGGUCUCAUUUACCACCGCCGCACCCACACCGGUGAGAAACCUUUUACCUGUUCUGACUGUGGGAAGAGCUUCAGAGACGGGGGGGCUCUCAUUGCUCACCGCCGCACCCACACCGAUGAGACACCGUUCACCUGUGCUGACUGUGGCAAGAGCUUCAGCCGCAGGGGCACUCUUAGUGCUCACCACCGCACCCACACUGGGGAGAAGGCUUUCACUUGUGAGGUUUGCGGUGAGAGCUUCAUCCAGAAGGGCCACCUCAACAAGCACCGCUGCACCCACACCAGAGAGCAACCCUUCAUCUGUGAUGUCUGUGGCAAGAGCUUCAGCUGGAGCUCAAAUCUCACCAGGCACCGCCUCAUCCACACUGGUGAGAAGCCCUUCACCUGCAGUGACUGUGGUGAGAGCUUCAACUGCAGCUCCACCCUGAUCGUGCACCGCCGCACCCACACUGGAGAGAAGCCCUAUGGUUGUGGGGCCUGCAGCAAGAGAUUUGCUGACAAGUCCUCCCUCAGGAAGCACCGCGGUGUCCACGCCAGUGAGAAGCCCUUCACGUGUGACACCUGCGGCAAGAGCUUCAAAAGCAGCUCCACCCUCACCAUCCACCGCCGGAUCCACACCGGGGAGAAGCUGUUCCCCUGUGCAGAGUGCGGCAAGAGCUUCACCGAGAGCUUGAAACUCAUCCGGCACAAAGUCAUCCACAGUGGCGAGAAACCCUACAGCUGCUCUGACUGCGGCAAGAGCUUCAACCGCAGCUCACAGCUCACCAUGCACCAGCACAGCCACACCGGAGAGAAGCCUUACGUGUGCGGGGAUUGCGGUAAGAGAUUUGCUGACAAGUCCUCUCUCACAAGGCACCAUCACGUUCACUCCGGUGAGAAGGCCUUUUCUUGUGAUGACUGUGGUAAGAGCUUCAAAACCAGCUCCACCCUCAGCAACCACCGCCGGAUCCACACUGGAGAGAGGCUGUUCCCCUGUGCAGAGUGUGGCAAAAGUUUCACCCAGAGCUCCAAACUCAUCCGGCAUCAACUCAUCCACAGCGGUGAGAAACCCUACAGCUGCAGUGACUGCGGCAAGAGCUUCACCGAGAGCUCCAAACUCCUCCAGCACCGCCUCAUCCACACUGGUGAGAAACCCUUCAGUUGCGCCGACUGCAGCAAGACCUUCAACUGCAGCUCCAACCUCACCCAGCAUCGCCGUACCCAUGCCAGGGACCAGCCCACACUGGGGAGCAAGCACGAAUAG